CGAUGCCAAGAGGAAAUACGCUUUGCCACUCCCUCCCUAUUUCGUCGCACUUCUUUUUCUUUCAAUCGCUGUGGAUUUCAUUUUAUUUUGCUGAAGACGAAGAAGACGCAUCCUCCACGAAGCGUACGCACCUUUAGCCUGAAGAAGUCGAAGUUCGGAGUGUGGUUCAUCACUUGAGGGAAGCAGAGGACCAUACGUACGAGCACACUGCCUCAGAGGAGGCAUAAGAACCGCUCCUGCGCUUACAGCUCCGACGGUCCUCGAACAUGGACAACAUUACCCUUCCGAACUGUUAUCAAGAUGCAGUAGACGUAGAUAUAACGACUCAAAACGUAGCAGCGUACUUCGAUGUUACUUCCCACACAGAGCACGACAUGACUCUCACACUGCUUCCAGAAGAGACAAUGGAACCAUCGUCAUUGAUCCGACCUCCCGCUGAUCUCGAACGUACACUGGACUGUACGUCAAUGACCCCACGGGACAUGACUCUCACCCUGCUUCAAGAAGAAUCAAUGGAACCAUGCUCAAUGGUUGCAGAUCCCGCUGUCUUCGAAGGCACUUCGAAGUGUGCGUCAAUGCCCCUACGGUACAAGCCCCCAAUGUUGCUUGAAGACAGCUCUCUUAAGGAAACGAACAUGGUUCAAAACUGCCGUGACCACGAAGACAUUUCGAAUUCAGCAUCAGGAACCCCACAAGAGGCACCUGAAACCACGAUAACGAAGAACUGUAGUAUCAAUAGCAGCAACGAGACACUUUCCACUAGUACAGAAAGUAUUAAUAGUCAUCAAGAUGAUCGAAGGGUGCGAAGAGCUCCGGUAUGUGAAGGUGACAAGAACCGCAGUUCAGAUAAUAACCCAUCCUCCCUUGGAAACUGCGACGCCAUAUCAGAUGAUGCCCUCGUUGACUCGCAGUCAUCGAGUCAAGACACUUCACAGGUCGACGAUCGACCAUCAUCAGAUAGCGACGUACUUUAUAGACACCAUGUAGAUGUUAAUAACUCCGGUGCAGUUGGUCGAUUUCUUGAACCACGACCCAUCUCAGAAGGCAGUUCCUCCGGUGCAGAAAGCCAGAAGGAAGUCGUUGAUUCUUUAGAACACAGAGAGGGAAAAUCCAGAGAUGAGCAAGACCCAGAGGACCGCGGUUCAGAUAAUAACCUAUCCUUCCUUGGAAACUGUGAUGCCAUAACAGACAAUGCCCCCGCUGACUCGCACUCGUCGAGUCAAGACACUUCACAGGUCGACGAUCAACCAUCAUCAGAUAGCGACAUAUUUUACAGACACCAUGUAGAUAUUAACAACUCCGCUGCAGUUGGCCGAUUUCUUGAACCACGACCCAUCUCAGAAGGCAGUUCCUCCGGUGCAGAAAGCCAGAAGGAUGUCGUUGAUUCUUUAGAACACAGAGAGGGAAAAUCCAGAGAUGAGCAAGACCCAGAGGACCGCGGUUCAGAUAAUAACCUAUCCUCCCUUGGAAACUGUGAUGCCAUAACAGACAAUGCCCCCGCUGACUCGCACUCAUCGAGUCAAGACACUUCACAGGUCGACGAUCAACCAUCAUCAGAUAGCGACAUAUUUUACAGACACCAUGUAGAUAUUAACAACUCCGCUGCAGUUGGCCGAUUUCUUGAACCACGAGCCAUCUCAGAAGGCAGUUCCUCUGAUGAGGAGGCUGCAGACAGCCAGAAGGAAGUCCUUGAUUCCUUAGAGCACAGCGAGGGAAGGUCCAGAGAUGAUCAAGACCCGGAGAACGCGAUAAGGACAGCGCGGUCCGUAGACGUGGAAGUGUUUCGAGCCGAAAGGUUCCUGGAGUCAACGCCUUGCAGCGAUUUAGGAUGUACUCCCAGGAAGCGCGCCCUUGCUGCCAGUAAUGUUUUAUCUCCGAUCAAAUGUCAGGUCCCAAUUACAAGGAGCAGAGAUAUCAGUCAGCGCCGACGCCUGGAGCAAGCUUCUCGCCAGCAAGUUUAUUACAAAGAGAACAUAAAUAUUACUAAAAACUGUUCUGCUUUGCAAAGCCUGAACGGAAGACAUCGCCCCAUUGGGAAUAACGGAACCUUCUCCGAUCACCAGCUUUCAUCCCUGGACUGUUCCGCCGCUCAAAGCGACCCAAGAUUUUUCCGUGCCGGCCGUUUAAAGAAGAUUUACGUUCAACAAUACCUACGCAACACCGAAUACCGGCGUACCUGCGAACGUUCAAAGAAAUACUUCACGAAGAAAACCUCUUCGUAACGUCGUCGUAUUAGAGCAAUAAGCUUUGAAAAGCGUGACAGCUUUACAGUUCCACAAGCUUUCCCGUUCGAUCAAAGAUGCAAUUUUUUACGUUACAUUCGUUCUCGUUCUAUGUGCUACUAUACUCUGUUGUUUCAUUAUGUAACGCGACCAAUAUGCAGGAAUAACAUGACGUGCAUGCUGCAAAUAGUUUGGGCGGAAACCACCUUGUUUAAUGUUAAAAUAAAAUAAAAUAGUUAUUCA